CCCAUUUUCCUUUAUCUCAUUGUUGCCGACGCCGCUUGCGGCCCCAGCAUGGGGCGCGCUGGGCCGGCGCGUCUGCCGCCGCUGCCCGGGGAUUCUGCCUGAAUCCGCCCGCCCAGCUCCCGCACCGCGGACCGGAGAGAGCUCCGUGCAGGCCCGGACCGCGGCGGCGGCGGCGGCGGGGCCGCCUCCCAGCAUCCCCCCCACCCUCGGAGGCUGAAUGCGGAUAGAGGAGCGGCGCCUGCGGGCUGGGCCGGCCCUGCUGAUCCCGACCUAGGGGAGCCGGACGUCAGCGAUCGCCAGGGCUGCGGAGGGAGGACGGAGCUGCAAGAUGGCCAGCAAGACCAAGGCCAGCGAGGCCCUGAAGGUGGUAGCCCGGUGUCGCCCCCUGAGCAGAAAGGAGGAGGCCGCGGGUCACGAGCAGAUCCUGACCAUGGACGUGAAGCUGGGCCAGGUGACCCUGCGGAACCCCCGCGCGGCCCCCGGGGAGCUGCCCAAGACCUUCACCUUCGACGCCGUGUACGAUGCCAGCUCCAAGCAGGCCGACCUGUAUGACGAAACCGUGAGGCCCCUGAUCGACUCGGUGCUCCAGGGCUUCAAUGGCACCGUGUUUGCCUAUGGCCAGACCGGCACGGGCAAGACUUACACCAUGCAGGGCACCUGGGUGGAGCCCGAGCUGCGAGGGGUCAUCCCCAAUGCCUUCGAGCACAUCUUCACCCACAUCUCCCGCUCUCAGAACCAGCAGUACCUGGUCCGGGCCUCCUACUUGGAGAUCUACCAGGAGGAGAUCCGAGAUCUGCUCUCCAAGGAGCCGGGCAAGCGGCUGGAGCUCAAGGAGAACCCCGAGACCGGUGUCUACAUCAAGGACCUCUCCUCCUUUGUCACCAAGAACGUCAAAGAGAUCGAACACGUGAUGAACCUGGGGAACCAGACCCGGGCGGUGGGCAGCACUCACAUGAACGAGGUCAGCUCCCGCUCGCAUGCCAUCUUCGUCAUCACCGUGGAGUGUAGCGAGCGGGGCUCCGAUGGCCACGACCACAUCCGCGUGGGCAAGCUCAACCUGGUGGACUUGGCUGGCAGCGAGAGGCAGAACAAGGCCGGCCCCAGCCCCGCUGGCGGGCCAACUCCGCAGGCCACGGGGAGCGGUGGUGGUGGUGGUGGCAGCGGCGGUGGAGGCGGCGGAGAGAGGCCCAAGGAAGCCUCCAAGAUCAACCUCUCCCUGUCUGCCCUGGGCAACGUGAUCGCCGCCCUGGCAGGCAACAGGAGCACUCACAUCCCUUACCGGGACUCCAAGCUGACCCGGCUGCUCCAGGACUCUCUGGGCGGGAAUGCCAAGACCAUUAUGGUGGCCACCCUGGGGCCAGCCUCUCACAGUUACGAUGAGAGCCUCUCCACCUUACGUUUUGCCAACCGAGCCAAGAACAUCAAGAACAAACCCAGGGUGAACGAGGACCCCAAAGACACGCUGCUGCGAGAAUUCCAGGAGGAGAUUGCCCGCCUGAAGGCCCAGCUGGAGAAGAAGGGGAUGCUGGGGAAGCGGCCACGGAGGAAGAGCAGCCGAAGGAAGAAGGCUGUGUCAGCCCCGGCCGGGUUCCCUGACGGGCCUGUGAUCGAGGCCUGGGUGGCGGAAGAGGAGGAUGAUCACAACAAUAAUCACCAGCCGCCCCAGCCCAUCCUGGAGACAGCCUUGGAGAAGAACAUGGAGAAUUACCUGCAGGAGCAGAAGGAGCGUCUGGAGGAGGAGAAGGCUGCCAUUCAGGACGAUCGCAGCCUGGUGAGUGAGGAGAAGCAGAAGCUGCUGGAGGAGAAGGAGAAGAUGCUGGAAGAUCUGCGGCGGGAGCAGCAGGCCACGGAGCUGCUUGCGGCCAAGUACAAGGCUAUGGAAAGUAAGCUGCUCAUUGGCGGCAGGAACAUCAUGGAUCACACCAAUGAGCAGCAGAAGAUGCUGGAACUGAAGAGGCAGGAGAUCGCUGAGCAGAAACGCCGUGAGAGGGAAAUGCAGCAGGAGAUGAUGCUCAGAGAUGAGGAGACCAUGGAGCUCCGGGGCACCUACACAUCCCUGCAGCAGGAGGUGGAGGUCAAAACCAAGAAACUCAAGAAGCUCUACGCCAAGCUGCAGGCGGUGAAGGCGGAGAUCCAGGAUCAACAUGAUGAGUACAUCCGCGUGCGGCAGGACCUGGAGGAGGCGCAGAAUGAACAGACCCGGGAACUCAAGCUCAAAUACCUAAUCAUUGAGAACUUCAUCCCCCCUGAGGAGAAGAACAAGAUCAUGAAUCGGCUCUUCCUGGACUGUGAGGAGGAGCAGUGGAAGUUCCAGCCGCUGGUGCCUGCUGGAGUCAAUAACAGCCAAAUGAAGAAGCGGCCAACAUCUGCAGUGGGCUACAAGAGGCCUAUCAGCCAGUAUGCUCGGGUUGCCAUGGCAAUGGGGUCUCACCCCAGAUAUCGGGCUGAAAAUAUAAUGUUUUUGGAGUUGGAUGUGUCCCCUCCAGCUGUCUUUGAGCUGGAAUUUUCUCAUGAUCAAGAACAAGACCCUCGUACCCUACACUUGGAGAGGCUCAUGCGGUUGGACAGCUUUCUGGAAAGACCUUCCACAACUAAAGUCCGAAAGUCCAGAUCCUGGUGCCAGAGUCCUCAGCGGCCUCCACCCUCUACCACACAUGCCUCGCUGGCCUCCGCUCCUCUGCGCCCCACGACUGUGGUGGACCAUGAGUGACAGACAUCCCUCAGUCAGGCUGCCCAUCUGACAGACUCCUAAGAUGGCAGCCAACCUGGCUCAUCUCAUCCACCGCUUGGUGCGUGCGUGCGUGCGUGCGUGCGUGCGUGUGUGUGUGUGUGUGUGUGUGUGAGUGAAGAGGUGAGAAUUGGGUAGAUGAUACCUCUGCCCUCUCUUCUGCGCGUCCCCUAUUUAAUUCAUGUUAUUUAUUCAUGGAGCUCAGUGAGUGUGGGGAGAUGCCCUUGCCUGAUUUGUUUGGGCCUGCCGUGGUCACUACGUAUUCCCCCUUUUCUCUUGACUGGAGACCCCCAGUCAGAACUCAAGCUCCUCUUCAUGUCAGCUGCCCUUGGAAGGGAAGGUGGCCAGUGCCAGAGAAGACAGUGCUUUUUCUACCCAUCUCACUCCAUGGUCCCCAUCUUUUCCUGCCCUGAUGGUACACAGCCACCACACGCUUUCUGGGACUAGGAAAUUGCUGGAUGUCCAUUGAGGCCAAGAGGCAUCCUGAGGUCAGUUGGGGGUGGGGAGGGGGCUGUGCUCUGUGAGGACAGAGCCCCAGUCUCUACUUUGUGGGCCCCAGACAACCUCUUCCAGCCUCUUGGGCUCUUUCACAAAGAACUUCAAUGGCCUCAUCAACGCUCUGCCCACACUUUUCAGCUUUGGCAAGAACUCAUGGCUUCCCAAACUCUGCUCCCUAUCCACCGACCCAACACUUGGAUGGGAAUUGUGAGCCAAUCAGUGAUUGAGUGCCACCUCUGGACCUGUAGGAAAUGGAACUAUGUUGAGACCAUCAGGAGAUUGUUAUCAAGGGAAGUUCCCACUCUGGGACCCUUGACUUACAUGCUUCUGAGAAGUUCCUCUGGUCAACAAGACAUCAAACCAGCUUCCCAUUUUUGAGAUGUGGCUUCUUCCUGCUUUGAUCAUGCUUUCCUGCAGAUGUCAGAUCUCAGUUCCUAGUGGGAGGGAUCAGUGUCAUUCUGUCCCUGGCUAAAUGAAGGUGUCAAAAUUGGUUGCUUUGUUUCUCUUCAUUUAGUACAGGAAAUAGAUAGAGGCACAGUCUAUGCUGACUUUGCCAGUUACCUCUGUUUCUGUUUGGGGGACACUUUUGUUGAAAAUGAAUUCUCAUGAAAAUUGGUCCUUCUCCACCUUCCUUUGUGACAGUCCAGAAUAUCUGAUAUUGUAAAUAAUCAGUAAAUUUCUAUUUUAAAAAGCUAAUUUUCAUUGACUCUUUUAACAUGCAAGACAUUUUUCACACUUUAUUAUUUA